GCGUCGGCCGCAGCACAACGAGCAAACGGAAACCGGAAACGGAAGUGAAAGCACAGUGGCUUCAAAGCACAGUUAAUCGGGCAGAGAGCCGAGUGCAGACAACAGUCAACUGAGAACUGAGCGCAGUGAAGUGUUUGUUUUCGCCGUUAUCAGUGGAUGCACGCCUUUCCACCUCCGAUUGCGAGUAGGGAUCGGGCCAGGGACUGGGAUUCCGAAUCCUCAUCCGCACUCGCAUCCGCAUACACAUCGGAUCCAGAAUAAGAAUUGUAUCUAGACUCGCGACCCGCACGGAGGAGGCGGCGAGCCGGAGGCGUGUCACUAGCAGGUGGCCGAGCCGGUUAACCAGAGUCCGACGGCAAAAACCUCCUCUCAGCCAAAAACAUUGGGCCAUAAUUAACCGCAUGCCGAAAGCAGCGCCGAGGAAAAACAAAUACCGAAAUUGAAUCAGAAAAAUCAGUAACUGUGCAGCAAAAGCAGUGGACGCAGAAAAUGCGGGCCGAGUGCUUUGGCAAUUAUGCCAAAAUUGGUAACAAAAUAAAAAGUGUAUCAGACUAAAUAAAAUCGACAGCAGGAAACCGCAGGAAUUACAAAAGGACCGAAGGGACAGGCGACGACAGGUGGUCGCUGUUGGGGCCUUUUCUCCUUGAAUUCAUUUCGUAAAUCUAUAUAUAUAUAUUUAGUGGGGGCCGAAAAUCACACCCUUCGUUGGCCCGAAAGCAACAGAGCUGAAAAACCCAAAACCCCCAACCCUAGCCCAAAUUGAAACCUCAAUAGAAACACAAACGGAAGCAGAACAAAAACUCACUUAGGCUGCCAUCCAAAUCAACGGCUGUCAGACAAAAAGUCGCUUUUUAUUGAUUUUUAUAAAGCCAAAAAGCAAUGAACAGCAAGGAAUAAUAACACAAGCCGCAGAGGCAGAAGCAAAAUAAAAAUAAAAAGAAUAAAAACAAAAAGCGAACGCAAUGUGAAUAAUUCCCCAGUUGAACACAGAGGCGAGCACGAAACGGAAAAACUGCUGCUAUAUCCCCACUCACCCCACCACUCCCAGUGCCCCCGCCUGUCCAGAUCCCCAACUAUAUAAUAUAGCACACUAUCGGAACGUUCAUCAAAUGCGAUUCGACUCGAUUCGAUUGGAUUCGAUGACGAUUCUAAGCGGAGACACCGGAGAGACGGACGCACACGGAGCCCCAUAAAAAUGUGUUAUAAAAAUAUACACGCAUAAAUUCCCCCAACCCCCCAAGGACAUAAAAACACGGGGAGAACCUUUCAUGCAAAUGUCAUUGACAAAGUCAAUUAGCAGGAAACGGAAGCGCUGCAGCUGCACAAUUGAAAUUGAAAACUCGUUUAAGGGCAUCACAAAACACGAAACGGAAGUGCGGGACAAAAAGCAAGACUGAUUUUAAGUUUAGUUAGAUUAUUUUAACAAUAAAAUCCCCCCAAAAAAUAAGGGAGAGCAACUAUUUUGUGGGGAAAAACCCGAAACUGCAACAACGAAUUAGCCAAGCGGAAACCGUAGCAAGGAGGUAAACCGCCCACAGAGAACAUAGGGAAAGCCCCAACAAAGCGGGAAAAGCAGGAAAACAGCAAAGCAGGAAAAACAAAAGCAACCUACCAACAAAAGCAAGCCGGAUCCAUUCGAAAGCAUGUUUGUGCUCAUAGCUGUGCUGUUUGUUAACGCUUGCCUAGCGGGCACCAUUCCGGCCACGCCGGAGAACAUAACCGUUACGUUCCUCACGCCCACGGCGGUCCGGGUGUCGUGGCAGACGCAAAUCGAUCUGAAGGCACAUCCCAUCGAGAAGUACAUCGUGACGUACAAGCCGACGGACGACAGGGUUGUACAGGACGUCGCCGGCAGCAGCGAGGCCAUUGUCCUGGAUCGCCUGCUGCCCAGCACUCAGUACUCCCUCGUUGUGACGGCCAUCUGGCAGGGCAAGAAGUACCGCAGCCGCGGCCAGAUCAAGUUCAAAACGCUUGAUCUGCCCAAGAACACCUCGCAGCAGGACUUUCCGCCGGGCAUCUACGGCAAUGGCAGCAACGGUGCUCGCAAUGGCACCAACAAUGCCAGCAUCUUUGGCGACGACGUGACCUCCACGGCCACCAACACCCUGACCCAUGGCACAACCAGGGAAUUGCCCACGAUCCGCGGCGUGGAGAUCGGCAUCGUUCUGAUCGUACUGAUGGUCUGGGCCGGAGCCAUCGCCCUGUUCUUCAACCGGUGGGGCAAGAUCCGGAUGCUGCUGCCCUACCAGCCGGACUACAAGCACGAGCAGCUGAAGGUGCCGGGCACGGGCGUGUGCAGCGCCAGCGGAUGCAAUGGACAGCACUCGCACCAGUACAAUCACUAUUUCCUUUUUAAUCCGUGCACAACCCUGACCAAUGCGUCCAGUCACGGACAUGGCCACAGCCAUGGCACUCCGGUGAACACCUAUGUGCGCGGCCCCAGCGUCGAUAAUCAGUCCAUUGUGGGCGCCAAUGUGCUGGAGAAUGUGGACAGCCUGGACGCAGGCGAGGCCAAUGGGGACGACAACAUCGAGGUGGAGGGUGAAGACGUUGCGGACAAGGAUAGGGAGGAUCAGCAGCUGCUGCAGCGCGCCAAGGAGCCCGUUCAUCGCAUACUGCCACUGCAGGCGGCUGGUGCCAUGAAGCAGCGCAAGUUCGCACAGCAGCGCGGCAUCUUGAAGAACUCCCAGGAGCGCACCUUCGUCGAGGAGGACGAGGUGCUGGAAGCCAAGAAGCAGCUCAUUCUGCGCCGUCGCCGCCUGUUCAGCCACUAUAGGCAGUACGACCAGUGGCGGAGGCGGCAAUUCAGCUACGAUCCCAGCUACUUUCGCCCGCCUCCGUUGCCGCCUCGAGCGCUGGGAUGCGUUGAUCACCAGCUGGGCGCCAUCACGGAUGCGAAUCCCUCCGCCAGUGCCGGGCGAAGGAGGCGUCAGUACCGAAGGCAGUACUCCUGCGCGGAUAGAUCGCGGGAGGGAUCGCGUGACAGUCGCGGCUCGUCGACGAUGCAGCUCCAGCUGCAGAAGUACCAUAGCAUGGUGGCCAGCGACACCAUCCACACGGAAUCCUCGGUGCUCAACCACAGCAACUACAGCGAGCCGGCCAGCCACAUCCACAUGCUGGCCGAGGAGCACUCCACCUCCAUUUCGGAACGCUGCACCCGCAGCCGCAUCAACUCGGCCAUAUUCGUGUCCUCGGAGGGGCGAGGCUUCGACUCCAUAGAGUUCCUGCGGCGCCACGGCUCCCAGAGUGUCCUCUGCAGGAAGGCCAAGAGUGCCGAGAACAUCACGGAUAACGGAAGAAGGAAGAGCCUGCGGCCGUGGCGCACCGACGAUGAAUCCUGCAAGCAGCAGCACCUCUCGCAGGACAGCAACGACAUCGAGCUGAAGGAGUGCGGCGGCGGUGGAGGAGAGCUGCUCCGGCUGCCGGUCAUCCACGAUGGCAAGCAGACGCCCACGGCCGUGACCAGUCUGCUAGCGCGAUCGGCGGCCAUAACCACAGCCAACAUGAUUGUGGGCAGCAUUUCGCUGGAGGCACCACCACCUUACAUGCAGGACGACGAGGGCGAUACGCUGUCCACGGCGGCACUCAUCCACAGCGAUGCAGCUGCCGUGGUACACGAGUCGCAGGACUCGGCGGAGACGGUGGAGGAGCUGGUCCAUGUGCCGCUACUGGCCAGUGCCACUGCCACGGCCAGCGUUUCGGCCUCAUCCUCGCCCAGCAUUGCCAUUGAGGCCAAGCCGCGCGUCCUGGUGCACCAGCGAUCCUCGACCGCCUCCUCGUCGCCGCACAGCAGCCCCAAGAACCUGGGCAGCCUGGGACUGAAGAUCGUCAAGCCCAAGAUCAGUGCCGUGCCAAUGGUUUCCGUCUCCGGACCCUCGCCGCCCAUUGAGAAGCCGCCGCUGGCCGAGUGCUUGUAACAAAUGGCAGCCGAAACAUUUAUCUAAGCUCGCACUGAAGGCAACUGGACCCUGGAACCCGGAUAGCCCCCAAGAGUACCCAAAGCCGCAGACAGAGUACCCAUCCAAAUCCUCUUUCAAUAAUCUAAGACGAGAUAUGUAGUUGAGACGGAGAAAGUAUGCCAGCUGCUCAAAUAAGUGUUUCGGUGAGAGGCUUUAACAAGUAGAUUGCAACAAGGAAGUGCAAGGACGAGACAAGUAGUAAUAGGAUAGAAAAUGAGGAUAUUGUACCAGUGGUCAUCACCAGGCAAGGAAAGCUUUGUAUAUUCAACAACGACUGACGUAUACCACAUAUGUGUAGUACAUUAUAAACGAAACCAAUGGUAACCUGUAGAACUUUAUAAGUCGAUUAUUGUGUACGAGUAUGUGUGUAUGCAUACCUAUUAACUGAUAAAUCAGCUUUAACAACAAACGAGUAAACUAUCAGGCUUUAAUAUUACGACGAUGAUGAAUUUCUGGUUUAACCUAGUCCGUAGACUCACCUAGCUGUUGAAACUAAUAAAUCGAUUCUCCUUAAUUCUUCUCCUAUACAUAUAGCCAAAACGAACACAGAACACUCGGGCACCACCACUGUUAUACACGCGAUCUAGAUCUAUAUAGAUUUACCAAAUAUAUACAUCUAUAUAUAUAUAUUUAUACACCCAGUAAAAUUAGUUGUGUGUGCCUGAAGAGCCUCGCACGGAUCAACAGGGUUUCAGUUCAAGAUCCUCUAAGAAUCCUGGGAAACAGUGUGAUUCAUGCCAGGCUCUUCUUCGUACCGCCAAAGGUUUUCGGACACAUGCUAUACACUUAGCUCCUAGUUUUAAGAGAAUGAAAUCACAUAGUCGAAAUGUUACAUGCUAACAUAUCAAAUUCUCUACUCUACCCACGACCAAAGCGAAACGUUUGAAACUGUAACUAGUCCAUAAUUAGCUUUAAGCAACCUAUUUAAAUGACUAUUAACUAGACGUAGAAAUUUUUGCAAAGUAAGUGCCCUGGACGACUUCUGAGUGUUUUUGAAACCAGACUCUUACGUGUAUUCCGUGUAGAUGUUUCUGUAGCGCGUACUAUACAAAAGAGUAUGUCUUAUGUUAGGCGAACUUAUUGGUGGAUUUAUAGAAGUUUAUAUAGGAACGAUACGAUACUAUAGGAAUCGAUGGCACCAAGCCCAUUUGCUCCCGCUCACUGGUUUAGGUAGUCUCUUUACAUUUUAGUUAUGAUACUCCAAAUUUAUCUAUCCACCUUCUCGUUAGACACCUCAAAUCUAUCCUAUCCAGUUCGUUUCAAGAAUAAAAUACAACAAAUGUAAAUACACAUGCACUUGUACCUACAUCAACUGAAAAUCUCUUCAGUGGAACACAAACGUUAUUAUUAAGGAAUUGUCAAUUUAU